GACUGGAUUCCCAGUUGGCAGCUCUGGCUGAGCAGCACUUAAAGAACGGGAGAAGUGGAGAAAGAGGUGACACGGGAAAAGGGAUAAAAAGGAGUUCAACGUUUUGUGUUUGUUGGAUCCCACAGAGCAAAUCCACAGCUGACAUGGAGAACACAUGAGGAAGAGGGAGAACUGUGGGGACAUGCGGAGGAAUGAUGAUGCUGAGUAAAGUUUGUGGAUAUUUCUGAAAGGAUUUUUUGUUUUAACUUUGGGAAGGAAUUUCAAAGAAUUGCCUGUGCAGACAGGGAACAGGGGAAAGCUAUUGCAGGUGGAGCACUGGAACAAAAAGAGCUUUCUCAGAAGCAUGGCAGCUGUAAAACCUUCACCCAGCCACCUUUUCCUAUUCUUGUUCCUUCUGCUUAUCAAGCCAGCCCUCUCCCAGGAUGCAUCCAUCUCCACUGUGACAGUAGAUGAAGGCAACUCGUACAUUGUCCCCACCACACUCACCAACCAGACCGCUACCAGCUAUGAAGAGACGACUCAGAGCAGUCCUACGGAGACGGGGCUUUCCACACCCACCAGCGGCGGAGACGCAGAUGAUGAGGAUGUCCCUCCGGCUGGCGGGACACGCUGCCAGGGUUACUAUGAUGUCAUGGGCCAAUGGGACCCACCAUUCAACUGCAACGCUGGUGUCUUUCUGUACUGCUGCGGUACCUGCUUUUACCGCUUCUGCUGCCAGUUCCGCCAGCAGCGCCUGGACCAGACCAUCUGCUCCAACUACGAUACACCCAUCUGGGCCAACACUGGCAAGCCAGUGGCCACUAUAACAGAAGGCCAGGGGGACCAGGACCGGGACCGCACACACCUCAUUGUCUACAUCAUCUGUGGGGUGGUUGCUGUCAUGGUGCUGGUGGGCAUCUUCACCAAACUGGCUCUAGAGAAGACCCGCGGAGGAAGUAGUGGAGGAGCAGGAGUACCUCAGGCUGACCUCAACACCAGGACACUGACAGACCUGCUGAAGCAGCAGGGAGGUGAGGUGAGCUCAGUAGAAAAUGCCACGGCUGGUUCGCCCACCGGAGGAAGAGCCAACGGCAUCUCAGCCAGGAUGCUGCGCAGCAGGAGUGAACAGUACCAGCUGAAUAACUCAGCUUACGGACCAUUUGGACAAGGGCUUCCACACCCGCACAGUAACCACAGCAGCCUGGGGCUGAACAAAUAUACCUCCCUCAAAGCUGUAGCGGAAACCGCCUCUCGGAGCUACUACAAGAGCUUCCCUAUCAUGGAUUUCUCCCAGUACCAACCUGUAGCACCUCCUGUCUUCCACCCUAUACACCCCAAGGAGAAGUCAUACAUCCACCAGCCCCUGCCACUGCACCAUGAUAUCCAUGCUCCCCUCUCCAUCUCCAUCCCAUCCAACCACCUGGAUCACUCACGCCUCCCCAAGACCACCACGCACCCGUUUCUGUCCAGCUCAGCCUUUAAAGCCUGGGAGCCAGCUGGCCGCCAUGUCCACAGACAGACCUCUGCCCCACCAAACACAUCCUCCUCCCAGCAUGGUUCCACACGGAGACACGGCUAUUCGAUGCGGAGGCAGCAAAGCACAGAGAACAUGGCAGAUGUCUUCAAUCAAGCCUAUGGGGGGAUGUAUGGAGGAGCUGGGCAGCAGGUCCAGGGGCAGCAUGCAUCUCAACCCCCUUAUUACCACCACACAAGGCAGAAGAGCUACUCCACCCACAGUGCGACUGAGGUGACAGUUUAAGUGGCUGAGACAGAGCAGCCUGCCACAAUGUUAAACGCAAAAAAGGUUUGGUGUUAGUAAAAUGCCAGACUUCAGGACAUCUUGUCCAACAGGAGAAAGAUUAAACAAUGGGAAUUUUAUACAAGAUGGUAGGAAUGUUUUCAUAAGUGGCAGCAGUUAGAUUCAAGAUGAAUACAGGGAAGUAGAACCAUCUCUCUUACAGGGAAUCAACUUUGUAAAGGUCUCAUACAUUAAAAAAAAACUAUGUAAAGCCCCUUUAAAGUUUUAAUUAGCAUUAGCUUAGCUGACCGUGGUGGUGCCAGCUGCGUAAACCGUCCACCAUUAAUGUCCAAACAGACACAUAAAGGUUGCAAAUUUGUAAACUUUGCAAACCUUACAAACCUUUAACAUAAAUAUGUGUGAAAAUAUUUUUAAACCUUGGAAAUCAUGUCUCUUUUUACCUACUUAACACCCUCCUUCAACAGAAAAGAUCAAUAUAUUGCUUUCCUGGUUCAAGUUAAGAGAAGAUUGACAUCACUCUUGAAUCUGGAAGCUAAAUAUUUAAAAAAAAAAUCCCAAUGGCAGGAAGUUAGCUUAACAACAGCGACAACAACUACCUGCAUUUUGCUCAUAUUUGGUACAUUCUAAUAGUUUGAAAAGCAAUCAUUUUGUCAUGAAACAUUGAGCAUACAUUGACACCAACUCUUUAUCUAAGCAUAGUUUGCUUGCUCAGAAAGUCUGGUUUGUUUGAGGAGGUGUGGAUCCACAACCAAACUGAUGCCCAUAAAAGAAGUCAACUCUGGUCUGCCUAAAAACUUCAUUCUCUAAAUGCAGCAGGGGGCCUAUAACUUAUAUGGUGGAAACAGAAUUUGCCCUGCAUUAACUAAAAGAUGAGCGAGUUUUCUUGUUCUUUGUUUGUCUCAUCUCUUUCAGUGAUUAUUAACGUAGCAUCGCCUCAAGCAAAAAGGGGAUUAUUUCAUUCUUAAGGUUCAGUUCGUUUGACCCGGUGCAGUGUAAAAGUUAACUCAGACCGUGUGAAUGUUGCAACUUCCAAAUGAACCCAGUCCCCGGUUUAGUGGACUAUUAGGUUUGAAAACAACCUGAUUUUCUGAAUCUCAGAAGCCACUUUAACAUCUUAAAGCACCAAAAGAAGUCAAGUUGUCCUUGUUUUUGAGCUCAUAUAGUAAUCAAAACCUUGAUGGCAGAGAAUCUGGCCAGACAUAUUGAGCAUGUUUACAUGACAUUACAAAAAGUGGAAUCAUUGUUUUAGUGAGAUUAAAACCCGAUUUUUAAGAUGCAUGUAAGUAGCCUGACCAAAAUUGCCCUAAGUCAGAGCUCUCUAAGCCGGACUAGCACACUCCUGCAUGUAUACGCUAAGCAAGACUCUAAUGGACCGAGGUGCUCAGCACAUGGUUCAAAGUUCCAUCUUUUUGCAUCUUUAUGUAAAAACAGAAAGUGUAUACAAUUUUAAUACAGCUGAAUAAAAUAUAUAUUUUUGUUUCUUUGUCAAAAUGCUAAAAGCAUCAGAAGUUAUGACCCAAAGGCAUCCCACACUGGUCUAAUAAAAUCAUGAUUUCAUGACUAUAGUAUCAUCUGAUAAAAAUCAGCAUUUUAAUUUAAAGAAAACAUCUGUGCUGUGAACACAGCUUUACUUACAUGUACAAUCCACUGACAACGUUAGAAGCAGCAGAAUGCGUUAAAUGAUGUGUUAAAUGUUUUCUCACAAAGUUAACAGCAUUGAGCAUGGAUGGAUACAUCCAUGGAGUCGUGCAUAAUUUAGUCAAUAACUCCAUUCCCUUGCAUGCAUGUUUACUGGGACAAGGUCCAGUUAUAUGAUCAGGUUGAAUAUAUAUGCAGUUGACUCAACUGUAAAUUUAACUGUGUGGAUUGACUUGUCACUUUCAAACUUUUUUUUCCAUCCUGGUGGACAUGUUUUAUUAUUAUUACCAUUAUGCUU